GGUCCUAGAGCGAGGAACCCUAGGAAGCUGUCCUAGGCUGAGCCUGACUCAGUUUCCCCUGUGAUCCAUGAAGGCAGUUUUCCGUGUGCGCUGAAUGGUGGUCCUUGAGCCUCAGCACACCUCUCUGCGCUGAUGACGGACUUUUGACGAGGCACGGUCGCAGCCCGUCGCUGCAGGCUGUGAGGAAGGCGGUUCCAGAGACAGGCGGAGUCACUGCUCCGGCUCCAGCAUGGCGGCGGCCGUACGCGCUGCAGGUUGUCUCCCUGCACUGUGUAGCGUGCAGACAGGUCACUUCCUGUCUAGGCAGCUCUCUUUAAACACUUUCCCAGGAGCAGCCACUUCCUUUUUGGCAGUGAAGACAGCCCUCAGCCACGGCUCUUUGUCACCAAGGGAAACAAGACACAACCACUGUCUGACCAGCUUGAGCCAUGCGCUGCAGACACAGUGCAGCAUUUCCUCUCCCAGCAACUGGAUGGGACAGCAGUACAGACCCUACAGCUUCUUCACCAAACUGACUGCAGAAGAACUCUGGAAAGGUGCAUUAGCAGAGACUGGAACUGGAGCAAGGAAAGGCAGAGGCAAAAGAACAAAGAAAAAGAGGAAGACGGAUUUGAACAGAGGCCAGAUUAUCGGUGAAGGGCAGUCUGGUUUCCUGUGGCCUGGUUUGAAUGUUCCUCUUAUAAAAAGUGGAGUAGUCCAGAACAUUGGCCAAAGAAGCAAAGAAGAGCAGCAGAAGGUGGAGGCCAGCAUGGCCGAGCAGAGAGAAGAGCGGGACCGGAAGAAGAAGAUAAAAGUCAAACGGGAACGUGGCUGGAGUGGGAACACAUGGGGGGGUGUCAGCAUUGGCCCCCCAGAUCCGGGACCCAAUGGAGAAACAUAUGAAGAUUUUGAUACCAGGAUCCUUGAGGUAAGAAACGUUUUCAAUAUGACAGCAAAAGAGGGAAGAAAGAAGUCGGUCCGAGCCCUGGUUGCUGUUGGGAAUGGAAAUGGGGCUGCAGGUUUUGCUAUUGGGAAAGCCGCUGACCGGGCCGACGCUUUGAGAAAGGCAAAGAACCGAGCGAUUCAUUACUUGUAUUACAUAGAACGAUAUGAAGGACAUACAAUAUUCCAUGAUAUUUCAUUAAGAUUCAAAAGGACACAGAUCCGGAUGAAGAAACAACCCAGAGGUUAUGGCCUCCGCUGCCACAGGGCCAUUAUCACCAUCUGCCGCCUCAUCGGCAUCAAGGACAUAAGCGUGAUGAACCUGUCGAUCUGGCGGUAG